GACAUAUCCGCUAAGCUCUAUGUAAAACAGAGGCAUUCCGACCUCACCACGCGCAUGCAUAAAAACGAGUAACCAACGAAUGUGUUUUCAUUCAUAGCUCAGGGAAUUUAUCAAUUUGACUGAGAGCAGCGGGUUUAUAAAAGACAGGGCGUUAUAGCCGACCAGCUUCACAGACUGACCUCAGAGGACAGGAAGACAACCAGUGAGCACAAGAGGGACGUUGUCGCAGCGGCAAAACUACAUAGCAAGAUGAAGACCCUGUGCAUUCUACUUUGCUUCGUUUACAGCGUCUACGGCCUGUCGUGCGUGUGCGACUAUGACAACCUGGCGCAGUUCUGCGGCCCUGCCCCCACCAACUGUGCGGCAGGCACCGUCAGGGACCCGUGUGGCUGCUGUGACGUCUGCGCCAAGGUUCAGGGCGAGCGCUGUGACGGACCGUACGGAGUGUACGGGACCUGUGCGGCCGGCCUGGUGUGCGAGAAGAACGGCAACGACCAGCCCCUGAACGUCAUCGUGGGCCCGCUUGGGGAGGACGGGCGCGUCGGGAUAUGUGUCCCUCCCGCCAGCAACCAAGCCCAGAACGCUCCGACCCAGUGUGAGAUCCAGCGGCAAGAGUACUCCAUGCUGUACGCCAACAACGCGGCCAUUGCCCUUCAGCUGGGCGCCUUCAAGCCGACCUGCACACCGGAAGGUUUCUACGCGCCCAUCCAGUGCGACGGUCUGACCGGGGACUGCUGGUGCUCCCUUCCGGACGGCACGGAGGUGAAGGGAACCCGCACCCAAGGAGGACCUCCCACCGGCUGCUUCUAACGGUGUUGAGGCCUCGUUGACGCCUGGAAUAGCGGCUUUGCCAGUCUUUCUUAGCACCCCCUCCCUGUGAUUCAACUGAUGUCGUCGUUGAUGAUGGAACUUCUAUUUCCCCACAUCUCCCUUGUUUAGAAUAAAGAUUUUCCUUUUAGUCCA